GCAAUGAGCCUCCACGAGUCCGAGCCCGCUGCGAUGGACGACGCUGCGAGCUUGCCACCGCCAGCAGUGCCUUGGCCUGCGAGGCCGAAGCGGGCGCCGCGUCGCACCAGUUGCGGGCUCGACGCGGCGUCCAACUGUUCUGGCGUUGAUUCGGUUGCUGCCGCUAGCAUUUCACGUGACUUCACCUCCUUGUUCGAGGACAGUCAGCAAUCAUUGUCGGAUGUGGCGUCUGCCAUCCCGAGCUGUCGAUCGAAGCGGAGGCGCUUGCGGAUGUCCGACGAAUGCGGUUGCGACGGUGGGGCCGACACUCAGUCAGACAUGAUGACGCUAGGCGCGGAUGGCGAUGGCGGGUCUCCCGACAAAUCUGGCACCGACAGUGAUGACCAGCCGUGCCCUGGGUGCAACAGGACUCGGGAUGGGAAGUGCUUCUUCAACGCUGGUGCGAAGACGCCUUGGGACUUCCCCAGCGGGCGCGGCCCGUGGUGCAAGGACUGUUACGGGUGCUACAGGCUGUUCUUCUCUGAGACUAAGACCCUCGUCGUUUUCAGGGCGCACCUGCAGACUGAAGAUGGCAGGGCAGAAUGGAGCGUGUACUUCGUUGCCUACAUCAGCCUCCGCUACGAGAUCCGUGACGGCCGCAUUUCCAGGACAGCAGGUGACGCCAGGGUGGGGGUCAUCAAGUUCCUCUUCAACAUCUUGCGCAUGCCCACCCAGCCGUUCGUCAUCCAGACGUUGGCCAAAUGCAUUGCAGACGGCGACAACAUCGAGAACUUGGUCACGAUCAGGGGCGACGACGGGAAGUGCAGCCUCGGCGUGUUCAAGACGGCCAUCGAGGCCGUCUCCGACGUUGGUUGUUUCCACAUCGACCUCGGCAGUUUCGACACGACCGCGAAGCUCAUCAGGCCCAUGUUCAGCCAUUCCGAGGCGGAUGUCGACAUGUACAGGGCCGCGUUCGACGGGAGCGCCAAGGCGGACUCAGUGAUUAUCCGCGCUGGCGCCGCAGGCAGGGUUCUCGAGCAGGACCCGAGGGUCGCCAAGCUGGAUGCGCAGCUCGCCGCGAUCAUCAAGACGUUCGAGGUGUUCUCACAGGUCAAUUGGUCCGAUGUCGCGAAGGAGUCGAUGAUCACGCCCUUGCUGUGCAAGCUGGGUCAGCUGAGGAUCGUUUUCGUUUCGGAGUCCAGGGGCGACCUCGUCGAUACCAUCGACAGGUGGACACAUACUCUGACAGGCGCCAAGACGGCCUUGAAACAGCAUCGGACUUUCAAGAAGUCUAAGACCUACGCCAACACGGUUGCCAUGUCAGAAGAGUUGCCUGAGCUCGCAAAGAAGUUGCGUGAUGACAUGAACAUGCAGCCGCACCCGUCCUUCAUCUUGAUCGCCAGUAAGGCAUUCUACCUAAAGCUGAGCCAGCAGUCAAAGAGCUUCCUUGAUACCCUCACUGCGCUGAACGCUGAUCCAGUGUUUGCUGCCGUCGCAGACGCCACCGACCCGAACACGCUGGACAUGUGGAUGAACGACUUGUUUAGCAUGUACUUUGUCAACAUUGGCUUGGAUGAGGACGGCGCAGCCACUGAGGACGACAUCACUCAGAAGCUGAAGGGCAUCUCUGCGGACCUGUCGGGCGCGCACGAGAUGUUGAAUGCGUUCGAUGACAAGUUCAAGUCGCACAAAUUCGUGAUCGAGCUCUCGAUGAUAUGUUCUCUCUUCCAGCUGUGUGUGGCGACGCGCUUGGUCUCUCCCGAGUUGGCAGCACCAGGCCCGUCGAUCGUGCGAUGGGCCAGGGACGGCGUUCAGUCUUCCGAGCGCUUGCGGGACAUCAGCAAGAAGAUGAAGAAUUCAGUGAUCGGCCAGGAGGUCUCGUCUGCAGUGUCAGUCAGCAUGCAGCGCAAUGCCCAGGACGACGUGGCCGACGACAAGCUCAGGGACGCGAUGUCGUUGAUGGCGUCGACUGCAUUCCCGUCGACAUCAACGGACGACACCAACCGCAUCACCAUCAGGAACACCGAGGUGGUGGCAACAUUGUCGAUGGUCGAAGUGGUUGAGAGGGGAUUGAAGCUGGUUGCGGAGUGCCUUGCCAUGUGGUCGCCCAUCCGUGCAGUGGAGCAGGCACCGAAGGUCUUGGAGUGCAUGACGUUGGUGAGGGACGCCUUGGAUAUGUUCGACUUCGUGGCUGCGCUUCUUCUUCAGGACCAUUUCUCGCCGCUGGUGGACACGCUUGAUUCGGCAGUGGAGGGCGACGCUCUCGACCAGUCUUCGUUCGAGGACGUCUUGGGCAGCAAGCAGAAGCUGGUCGCAAAGGUGGUCCACAAGGUGUUGCCCACGUUCGAGCGGGGCUGUCUGGGCAACAUCAUGCCGUCCCUCGAGACGAUCACCAAGGCCUUCCCUGAUGAUGCCAUGGGCGAUAGCCGAUCCAUCGCCAUCUUGCUCCAGGCGUCCCUCGCACACAACGCGCGCGUCCGCGAAGUUGCCAUGGCCUACUUCAACGCUGUGAACAACUUGGCCCGCCUGGGAGGCAGCAAGAGCAGCGCUUGCGGCACUGGUGGGAAACGAGAUGCCCCUGUUGACCCUGUCUUCUGGCAGGCAGUGAUCAACGUGGUGACCAGCGCCAAGAAGAUGGCGUCGUUCUCCAAGUUCAAGUUCGCGCACGAGAUGGUGAUUGACGAGACCAUGUAUCAGUGCGAAGGCAGGGGCGGCAUGCAGGCUGGCUUCCACAGCUCCCUCAAAGGGCUGGGGUCCGACAGCGACAACUGGACCAGCGGACUUGCAGCCACCUCGUUUCCUGAUUUUGCUCGGUCUGCUGGUUUCCCCGUGAAGGUAGAGAAGGUGCUCAGGGGCAUGUUCGAGAUUUCGUAUUCUGAGUGGUCCAAGUUGGUUCCCCUCAGCGAGUUGGGAUGGCCUGCUGAUGUUCCUGACGAGGAGUCCCCACUUCGGUCUCAGCUCGCGAGCUUCAUUGUUGGCGGCGCCGCGCCAUACAAAGAUGAGCUGGCCUCGGUAAGGAAGCAGGUCCUUGAGUCGGUUGAGAAGUUGACGCAUCGUGCCGCUGCCUUCGGUGGAAUCCUCAGUGGCAUGGCCAUGGACCUCUUGAACAGCAGCACCAACAACUUGGACGUGGCGGGGCUCCUCCAGCCGAUCAAUGGCUACUCGGAAGUGUGGGUCCAAGCCGUAGACGUGGACGCCUUCGUUCGGUUGUUCAACUCGUUCUACGAGGUGGGUGCCAUCAUUCACUACUUACACGAGGCUGUUUUCACGACGGUCGAGCCCCUCAGCCCCUCGGAAGUGUGCGACAAGGACAUGUCAAUCAAGCAGUUCUACGAGACAGUAUUCGACCUCCUGUCGGCAUCAACGGCCUCUGCGAGGUCUGCGAUCCAGCUCAUGAGCGUGAGCGAGGUCAACGGGAUUUGGUUCCAGGACUGGCCGACCAUGGAGCGCUGGCUGGACUCGGUAGAUACGGUUGCCGCGAGGUGCAAGUCAGCCCUGUUCAGGGCCGUGGUGCAGAACUUGUCGAAGGCUGCUGCCAGGGACGAGCGGCUCGCGCCGAACUUCAGGAGCAUCGUGAACGAGAAGACCUACGCAUCGUCCAUGGCGAAGAAGACACUCACGAAGCCUGCGCUGCCGAAGGCCAUCAAGCCAGCGAUGGUCGCUCUCGGCAAGGCGCUCGACGACGCGAGGUCGUUGCAUGAGGACUGGCGGCUGACUCCGAAGAUCGAGGACGACGAAACGGUGAGCUCGGACUGGGAGCACGCGGUUGCGAUUCACAACACGUUGAAGGAGAGCAUGGUGGUGAUCAUCGCAGUCCAGGUUGUGGAGGACAAGGGCGCAGACAGCCAGUUCGCUGACGCGAAGGCGCUGCUCGACGACGAGAAGAUGAAGAGCUUCCUCCCCGCGGCGCUGGUCAAGCAGCUUGAGCCUCUGGCCUCGAAGGCGAAGAAGCCGACUGAGGUCAAGACCAGCGCCGCUGGCACCAGCAAGGCGGCCUCGAGCCGCGGGUGAGAUUGCAAGAGAGCUGCAGGAGAAGGGAG